AUGUCUGAAUUUUCUGUUCCCCGUUCUGAACUUCUCUCUAGCGCCCAGCUCAUAGAGCUUAGACGCGAGGCCAAGGAUCGCUACUACAUACAACACAUUUGCGACCUUUCUAUCAACGAUGUCGACCUCGAAGACUUUGUUAACGACUAUGUCGAGGCUCACUACAGAGCGAUGGCCAAGGCUGCGGUAGCACCAGUCGCUUCUGACCCCUCGACGAAGACGGAAUCCAAGUUUAGACGUCUUCUGCGCCGUAUCAGCGGUGCACAACUCCGGCCGGCCCCUACAAUAUGA